UAGCAUAGUACUGCUAGCGUUUCUGAACUGGUUUUGUGAAAUGGCGAAAUUGUGACUUCAAUCAAUUUCUACUUACGUUCGAUAUUACAAUUUUAUAACUAAAUAAUGCGAUUUUGUUGUUACAAAGACUAAUUACUAUUUCAAAUUAUGUUAGUGUGGCUCUGAAAUCAUCAACUAUGACACACGAAGGAAGUUGAUGGGGAUUCUACCCUAGUGUUGGUUCUCUCUGCUUAUUAUAAAAUAAUAAAAUUUUCCACGUAGAAAUAAAAUGAAUAACAACGGAGGAGGAGCUGGAGUGGGGAUGGCUGGAGGUCCAUAUGAAACCAAAAUUGCCGGGUUGUAUGACCUCCUGGAUACCCUGGGUUCCGGGCAUUUUGCUGUGGUCAAGCUGGCUCGGCAUGUCUUCACUGGAGAAAAAGUUGCUGUGAAAGUUAUAGACAAAAGUAAAUUAGAUGAUGUUUCUACAUCACAUUUAUUUCAAGAGGUUCACUGCAUGAAAUUAGUCCAACAUCCCAACGUAGUAAGAUUAUAUGAAGUAAUAAACACACAAACCAAAUUGUACUUGAUCCUGGAGCUGGGCGACGGCGGUGACUUGUACGACUACAUCAUGAGGCACGAGUCUGGCUUGUCGGAAUCUCUGGCCCGCAAUUAUUUCCGCCAAAUAGUUCGUGCAAUCUCAUACUGCCACAGGUUACAUGUCGUGCAUCGAGACCUGAAACCUGAAAACGUAGUUUUCUUCGAAAGAUUAGGUGUAGUGAAAUUGACUGACUUUGGUUUUAGCAAUAAAUUUUGUCCUGGACAAAAACUAGAGACUUCCUGUGGUUCCUUAGCUUAUUCGGCUCCUGAGAUUCUGUUAGGGGACUCGUACGAUGCGCCCGCCGUGGACGUGUGGUCGCUCGGGGUUAUCCUUUACAUGCUCGUGUGCGGGCAAGCUCCAUUCCAAGAAGCCAAUGACAGUGAAACGCUAACGAUGAUCAUGGACUGUAAAUACACUAUACCACCGCAUAUCUCAACAGGUUGUAAAAAGCUAAUUGGACGUAUGCUAGUCCGCGAGCCAGAGAAGCGCGCCACGCUAGCGGAGAUCUCCGCCGACCCGUGGGUGACCGGCGGCGAGUCCGCCCCAUCACACGAGUGUGACACCCCCCUCGUGGCUCGCGAACAACUCUCCGAGGAGGACCGCGCGACUAUCAUGCAGAGAAUGGUCAGCGUGGCGACCAAGGAACAGAUACUGGAGGCGCUGGAGAAGAAUGAAUAUAAUCAUAUAACUGCUACGUAUUAUUUGUUGGCUGAGAGGAAGCUUAGAGCUAAAAGGCAAGAAGAAAACUUGGCCCGAAGGCCCGAGGUGCUAAGUGUGUCGCGAGGAGGGUCCCGUUCUAACAAUCUGCUGGCGCCGCCGACGCUCCCCACCGCGCCUCGCACACCACAGGAUGCUCCCCCCAGGUCACGAAAGUGCAGCAUAGUCCGCGAAGAAGAAGACGACGAGGAGAGCAGCCCCGGCGCCCGCGCGGCGGACGCGCGGCGCGGCUCGCGCUCCGAGGGCCGCCUGCGCCUCGCGCGCCCGCCCGCCGCGCUCGCCGUCACGCUCACCCGGGUGAAUCUAGAAGAUAACCCGACGGAUCCUCCCACGGUACCGGCGGAGAGCUCGGAGGCGGCGCCGGCGCCGACGGCCGAGAGCGCCGACGCGCCGCCGCGCGUGCCGCCCGCGCCGCCGCCCGCGCGCCGCCAGCGCCUCGACGUGCGCCGCCGCCGGCCCCGCGCCGGCUCCUGCUCCUCCUCCGACCUCUCCGACGACGACUCCGAGAAGAAGAAGCGCGCCGCGGAGCAGAACGACGCGCCGCCCGAGCGCGCGCGCCGCGACUCGCACGACGACUCCAGCGACAGCCAGGAGCGCGGCGCCGGCGCCGGCGGCCGCGGGGCGCGGCCCGCCGCCCGAGCGGCGCUGCAGGGCGCGCCCGGCGCCGGCGCCGACCGGGGCGGCGGCGCGGCCGGCGACGCGCGCCAGCAGGGCGGCGCCAACACCGGCCGGCGGCGCCGCGCGGCCCGCAAGGAGUCCCGGCUGCGCGAGUCGCGCUCGCUCAACCGCAUCGCGGAGGUGGAGGAGGCGGCGGCGGCGCGCUGGGCGGGCGCCGGCGGGCUGGUGGCGUUCUGCGGGCGGCCGCUGCUGCGCCUGCUGGCGGCCGCGCGGCCGCAGCCGGCGCAGCGCCGCCUGCACGGCCUGUGCUAGCGCCGCCGCCGCCGCCGGGACCCCGAGUGCCCGGCGCGGCGUGACCCCGCUCCACUGUCGAGAACUAGCCGAGCCUCCCCGGUGGACUGUUACGGCGAGCACGCUCUGAGGACGACCGACGACUCGUGCCUGAGCCGCCUCCUCGCGCUGGUGGCGCUCGACGCGGCCGCGGCGGGGGCCGGUCGGCUCGCGGAGGAUUCGUUGGAGCCGAGUUUGCGAGUUUGACGGUCGCGCGCCCUCCUGCGACGACUCGCCCUCGCCUCGGUACACGUUACGGUAACUGUUGUGUCGGUCGUAUCGCCCGCGACUCGCUCCGCGUGCCGCCAAAAGAUAGUUCUAGUUAAGAAAGUUUUAGUUUAAUCUAACGAUUGUCCGGUGCGUGCCGCGUCUUGAACAAAGCAAUAAAUUAAACUUAUUUUAAUAAUUCAAUUAUGUAUUCCCAUAGCGUUGUCGACUUAGUGAAUAAUCGAUGCGUUAUAGUUGUUAGACAUAUCGCAACGUAUCGAAAAGGUACAUUUCUGCUAGGACGAUUAUGUCGGUGCGUUAUUUGAAAAAUAAUGAUUUAUCGUCAGAAGGAUGUCUUGGCUGAAUGUGAUAUCGAAGUUGAUUAAAACGUGAUGCUGAUGAGUGUAUUACAUUUGUACUGUUCAGUCGACUCCUCGUCGCUCAGGAUAACUGUAACAUCGUUUAUUGUAUUUGCGGUAACCCGAACAUAACGAAACAUUUCUCUAUUUUAACUGAGAUGGUUCAUAGGUAAACAGGGUUACUCCAUUUCAUUUCACGGGUAGGAAUUGAACCUCAUCGUCAUCACACAUGGACAAAGUACUGACAACUCAUAUAAGAUGUGCUGAGCAUAAACAUAGACCAAUAAUCAAAGAAAUAAUUAAACUUGCUCGUAGGAUUACAGUCGUUUUUAUCGUUUAGAAUAUUUUCAACUUCCGAAAACUGUUGGUUGCUAGUUUGUUUAGUAUGAAACUGUGGCAUUUCCUACAUGUUAGUUAAAUUAGAUGUGUUUUCUGUUAGGUUGAUUGGUUUUGUAAAUUGUAUGUGUCUUAAAAUGGGAAUGUUAACUAUGAAAAAAUGUUUAAUGUAUAACAUAACUAUCUGUGUACAUAAAUAUUAAAUUGUUGUAAAUAAAUAGUCUAUUUCAUAUAUAACGUUAAAAUAAGUACAGAUUAUUUCGUUCAGUUUGGUGGAACAUGUAUCGUUUUAUUACAAAGGUCAAGUUCGACUUGGGCUCAUGGCUGGAAUCCAGACUGUUGGUCCAAAAAAGGUCUCUUGAGUCACAAAAAUGAAACGUUCAUAUUGUAAUUAACUUUUUCUAUUUUGAUGUGCUUGAGUACCAGCUAUCAGAGAGGUCCAGCUUUUUGAACUCCGCCAUCGAAUCCACACGGGUCACAGCUUGCGAGCCUCUAUUAACAUCGGUGCCAAUAUGUUUAGCUCGCAUUGAUGUGAUGCCUAUAUCAGGUUCCGUGAACCUUAAUUUAAACGCUAUCACGUGCAUUUCGAAACGUCUUUGUAUAGUAUCCCAGUAUGCAUAUCGGUUCACACUUCCAUUGCGAGUUGAAUAUAUCCUCUCCGGCUAUAAAGUUGUUUAUAAAAUUGUGGGUCUGAUCCAAAUUUCUAGAUGUCGCACAGCGGAAAAAAAUGUUAGGAAUGUUACUGUUCCCCUUUUCGUGGAUUAUAAUGGAUACUAAAACGAAGUUACCCUGAAUCACACAAUUUUGUGAUGCAGUUUUUCCUGUUGCGUGACUCAAAAACUUUUGAUCUGACCCUUAUAUAGUUUUGGUAAUUCGCUUUUAGGGUUCUAAUAAGAUGUCAUCAUGUGUGCUAACGGUAACUGUCGUUUCAUUUACCUAUUUUACAUACAUUAUUGUUCUACAUUUUGCGGCUUGCUAAGUUGGACUUAGUAGUAGGUAUGAAAUAUUUUACUUCUGUGUAGGCUACCUCAGGGUGCUUUGAUAACAUGAUAAUGCAAUAAAAUAACAAGACCAAAGAUUAAUAAAUUGUUUGUUAACUAACAACACUUUGUCCUGGUUGGUGCCAACGUCUAUACAAUUUACGAUUUAUUUAAAUCUUUCAUAAAUAAUGUACUUUGAGAUUGGACUUUUUAUUGGUGCUUGUUAUUUUAACUUUAUACAGGACACUUUUAAGAUGAUUUUUAAAUGUAAAAUAAACUAAAUUCUAUAUACCUAUGGAAACUGGAGUGAAGUAGUGUAUUUAAUCGAAAUAUACGUACCUAUAUCUACUACCUACUUAUAUACAUAAGAUAGUCUAGCGCCAUGAACAAAAUUACUAACAUACUCAUUAUUACAUUUAACAUUGUGGUUUGCUGUGAAGUUCUGAAUGCCUUACGAUUAUUUCAUUGUCGAUGUAAGAUUGCGUAAUUUAUUGGCUGAUUCAUCAAAUAUAGUACUUCUGUUUCUUAAUAAGCUUUUGAUUGCACUUUAUUCUCAUAACAUAAACGUCAUGGGAACGUCAGCAUAGUGUCCCUGCAUGGGGACUAGCGCAAUGGUGUCGUGGUACAUAUACUUGUGUAGUACCUAGUGGCAGUUUGGGAACGCUGAAUGCUUGAAUAGGUACAUUAUAAUUGUAUUGCUAUACUUAUCUUAUUUCUGCAGACAUUGUAAAUCUAAUAUAUUUCUAUAGACAAUCUGCUGCUUUCUGUUUUUUUUAAUGUACCUAUAUUUUUCUACAGUUAAAUAUAAAGAAGCUCAUUUUCAAUUUUGUUUUGUAAUUUAUUGCAUGAAAAAUGUAAACGUAUGAUAUUUCCUCUAUUACCGAAGCAAUUACUAAAAUAACGGGGUUUUCAGUGCAAUAAUACAGAUAUUAUCCGAGCUUUGAAUUUAUACGAGUGAAGUGGAUAGCUUAAGGCGUUUUAAACUGAUAUUCUAAUAACUGUGUACCUGGUUGCCAUCUGUAUUUGGCGUUAAUUAGGCUUUUGCAAUUGUCCACAACUUGUAGUAAAUAGGUCUUGUAUGUAUUUAUGUAUCAGUAAAUUUAUCACAAUAUGAUUAAGUUUUAUUUGUAGAAUUGUUCAUUUGAUUUCAGAUUCUAUAUUAGGUAUAUUGCAUUUCACUUAAAGGGCGAAAUCGUGUAUGUAUAACCCUCCACCCAGCUGAAUCCCUGAAUUAUUUUGGUUUCUAACAAUGAAAUACCUCUACGAAUAAUUUAAAACGUCAUAUCUUCCAUAUUACAAAUGUAGCUUUAAAUUUAAUUUAAGUAAGCCCCUAAUAUACUUACUAUACUCUUUAAGUAAGCCUCCUCGUGGAGGGAUAUAAAUGACCACCCUCUUGUAUAGUUUUCUUGCCAGAGGCCCUUAUAGAAGAAAUUAAUUUGCAGUAUUGUGUGUAAUAUUAUUUAUUAAAUGUAUUUGUGUCGAA